CACGGCUGAAAGGAGUGGGGUCUUUACGUAUUUGACAUGUAGUAUGUGAUAAGUACGCAGGUGUAUUCACAGUGCUUGUAUAUCGCGUCACGCGUUAGCCACUCGGUGUCAAACGGAGACGAUAGGUGGCUGUGAAAACGAAAAAAAAAAUUAUAAAAGUGAAAAAGUAGAAACGAGGAAACCAUAUGUGUAUAUUUGUUUAAAAAAACAGUGUCAGCAAUUAUCACUAUAAUAUAAUAUUCAGCAAAGAACUCAGAAAUUAUAUUCUUUGAUAUUAUUGAUAGAGGGUAGUUCUGUGUUCUUAUAUUGUAGAGAAAAUCUCGAAGUGCGCGUGAAACUUGCCUUCUUGAAAGAUCAAUUUAAUUAUCUAUUGACUAAGAAUGGUUCAGAGACUUUACACUAGUGUAGCUGCGCUUAGCCUCGCCCUAAGUGCUUGCGUUUUUUUUCCGCGUGCUGUCAUGGCGAUCGACUUAAGUCGAUUUUAUGGUCAUUUCAACACUAAACGUUCAGGAGAUGCUUGUCGUCCAUAUGAGCCAUUCAAAUGUCCAGGAGACGAUACAUGCAUUUCGAUUCAAUAUCUGUGUGACGGAGCUCCCGAUUGUCAAGAUGGAUAUGAUGAAGAUUCGCGAUUAUGUACAGCUGCGAAAAGACCACCAGUAGAGGAAACUGCUAGUUUUCUACAGUCAUUGUUGGCAAGUCAUGGUCCAAACUAUCUUGAGAAAUUGUUCGGGACUAAAGCGCGGGAUACUUUAAAACCUCUUGGUGGAGUGAAUACAGUUGCUAUAGCGCUUUCCGAAUCUCAGACGAUCGAGGAUUUUGGUGCAGCCUUGCAUUUGUUACGUACAGAUUUGGAACAUUUGCGCUCCGUAUUUAUGGCAGUGGAAAAUGGCGAUCUAGGCAUGUUGAAAUCAAUAGGUAUUAAAGAUUCUGAAUUGGGAGACGUGAAAUUUUUCCUUGAAAAGCUCGUGAAAACUGGUUUUCUCGACUGAAUAAGCUUUUUUUUAAAUGUAGGGACUAUAACGUAUAUACAUUGGCUGUAUCGUGUUAUAAUCGCACUAUCAUAUUUCUAGAAAGAUUGUUAGAAGAUUCUUUGACUAAUUUUUCCAAAAUGAUCACCUCUUUUUUUUUCAUUUUAUUAUUCUUUCUCUUUCUUCAUUUCUACUUUCCUUUUCGCUCCUUUCAAUAUUUUCUUACCAUUGUUUGUUUUUAAAAAAAUACAUCGAGCGAGUACCGAGAUAAGUUGAGAGAUAUCUAUUGCUAUCGAGAGGGGGAGUACUGGAUGUUUAAACUUUUUCUAAAUGUCAAGGUUAAUGCUUGUAUAUCUGUUUUUACAUCAUCACUUACUUUCGCGCUGCAAUAGGCAUGUGAUUUACUUCAAUAAAAAAUUAUAUUUUGUGAUAUUAUACAUUUUGAAAAUUGAAAUUUUGUAAAAAUGAAAAACAUAAUUGAUAAAAAUUUUUUGAUAAUGAUGAACAAUUAUAUGUAGUUAUAACUAUUAAAUUAAUUAAUUAUAUUUUAUUGGAAUAUUCAAUUAAAAUUAAACUAUGAAUAUAUAUAUUAAUUAUAAUAUAGUCUAUAUGAUCAAUAUAUUAAUUAACUAUUUGAUUAAUACUAAGUUAAGUUUUUCUGUGAUUAAACUGUAACAUGCAAUCAUUAGAAACACGGAAAGAAAGAAUUCUUUAUUGAAUAAAUUAUUUUUAAUUAUUUUUAACAUUAUUUACAUAUUUUAAUUAAUAAUUUUAGAUAAAAAUUGAAAGAAAUGUUAUAUUUAGAUUGAAUUCUGAUUCUUGAAUCAAUUUUUGAAUUGAUCGAUAAUUAGUAAAUCGAAGUAAUUCAUUAUUUAUUGAUCUCUGAUUUUUUAAAUUAAUGCUUAAUGCAGCGUAUAAAAAAGCGUAAAUAUAUCAAUAUUUGAUGUUAAAUUAAAUUUUAUUAUCAUCAGACUCCCAUUCUACUCGUAUUUUAUUAUAUUACCGAAGCUGUGCUUUGGUUUUUCUAUAAUUUUUAAUAUUCGUAAUGUUCGAAAAUACGUGCAUAUGUAAAUUUAUGUAUAAGAAAAAAUCUAUCUUGCAGUUUCAAACACUGAAUACUGCAUGUGUUUUUCAUUACAGAAUUAUUGUAUACAAUAUACGUAUAUAUACGUAUAUAGUAUAUAUAAGUAUAUAUACAUAUAUACACUUAUACAUCUAUUGCACUUUUACAUGCUUGUAAAACUAAAUAAUUACUGCUGGUACAGUACCGUAUGUAAAGGUCCUUCUACGAAUUUCAGUUUCUCGUCGUAUCGAAGUUGAAUUGUUUCUAGAUUUUACACCAGUAUUUCGUUGACUAAUAUUUAAUUUAGGUUAAACAUAUUUCAUGAAAUAUCAUAAAAUAUACAAUUAUCUAUAAUUAAAUAAGUGAAAGACAAUCAGAUAAAUUUCAGAUAAGUCUUCUUCCAUUAUAUGUUUAAAAUAAAUUAUUUUAAUAUUUAAAACACAAGAUAAAUGAUUAAAGAAUAUUUAGAAUCUAUAAAUAUCUAUUGUUGUAUAGAUUGCAGCUAUUAUUGCUUUUUUUUGAACGAAAUACUCGUAUGUAUUAUUCCUCAUCGAUACACAUCAAACAGAAAUACGUAGAUAAACCAGUUUCAUGUGUAGUUCCUUCUCGUCAAACUGCUCGUUAUAAUUUAAUUGUAAUAUUUUGUAAAAGACUUACCUUGAUAUAUUCUUUCGUUAUUCAUUAUAUUCGUUAAGAUAAGAAGAUCAAUGCAAGUCUUUGAUAAUCUUUGGAUCGAUCAUUCUACAAUAUAAUUGUUUUCACUAAAAUAUUAUUGGAACAAAUUUUUAUUCAAGUAAAAAAAAAGAACGAUGGAAGAGAUAUAAAAAGAACAUCUCAAUUAAUUUAUAUAAUUUUUUGUUUACUUUUCUGUUAAUUUAAAUUUGAAACACAUUAUAGUAAAAUUAUUUAUAUAGUUUAAAUUUCUUGCUAUGCAACUGAUUAACUUUAAUCCAAUAUAAAUAUACGAAUCAUUUAUAUAUAUAUAAAUGCAAAUAUACAUUUACGUAUACGUACAUACUUAUAUACGUAUAUGUAUAUAAAAAACAUAUAUACAUAUGUCUAUUUUAAACACGAGAAGUGAAGCAGGUACAAAUCGAGCAUAGUAUCGCGUUCCUUCAGGGUAUAUGUUCUUUACUUAAGAAGACGAUGGUAACGAUGAUAAUGACAAUGAAAAAGCAAGUAUAUAACGCUAUAAUGUAUUAAUAUUUUCAUUAUGAUAAUGCAACAUAACAUAUCAAUAUAAAUACAUAUCAAUAAUUUAAUCUAAUUUGGAGAUGAGUGUCGAAUACUCUCUCUAGCAGUUAGUUCUCCAUUUUAAUUUUUAAAAGUUAAACAAUGUUCAUAGUUUUCACAAAUUUGGAAACUAUAAUAAUAUAUUAAUUGUAUCAAAUACAAAAUGGAGAACAAAUAAUCAGCUCUGCUUUAGAGAGACUUCAGUAUAAUGAUGAAGUGCAUCUCUAUUUAUUAAGCGUAAUAUCUUCUAGUCAAUCAAUGAUAUAUCUUCUAAUUAAUAAGUCUAUACAUAUAUAAUUACAUAUCAACAAAGGAGUCACUUUUAUCAGAUAGAAAAUAUAUUAUUUUGAUAUAUAAAACAAAAGUGAAGAAAAAAUGACAAAAAGAGAGAUGCAAUGUUCCCUCUAGAUGUCAAUUACGGUUCAAUGUAGGGCCUGAACCGAAGACAGAAUCCUGAGGGAAAUUCCUAUAAGCUUUAAGAAAAGCUUCUUCUUUUUAAAGGAUUAAGACGAACCGAAUCUCCGCCUCGAAAACGUCUUGAUUCUUUUUAAUCUCCUCAUCUUCUUCUACUUUUCUCUUUUAUCCCCAAUUUUAAUGUGUUAUAUUUAAGAUAGUAUAUCAUUCAUCUCUGGUGGCAAUUAAAAUUAAUGAAUCUAGACGCGUACAAUGUGCGGCGCAGUACAUUUUCAUUGUUUUUAAACGACAGAUUCUAAGAUGCUUGUAUACGCCGCAUGUUUUUUUUUUUUAAUCUUUAUUAUAAUUGUCUUUCAUUUUUUUAUUUCAUUUAAAUUAAAAUCAAUUUAUCAUUUCUUUUAUGAAUUAUAAGAAUUAGAUAUAUUUGUUAUAGCAUCUAUGAUAUUUUUAUUAAUUAAUACACUGUACAAGAUUUAUAAAGACAGAAAUUAAAAUAAAAAACAAUAAUUUUAGUUGAAUGUGGAAUUUAUUUUAUUUAAUAAAGCAUUAUAAAAAUUAUAAUAAUUGUAAUAGAACAUCUAUAUAAUCCGUCCAUAGCAUUCAACUAAAAGGAUUAUUAUUUGAAAUAAAAUAAAAAAAAAUACAAUUUUCAAUUUGUAUUAAAUAUUUAAAAAAUAAUUUUUUUUUAUUAUAUAAAAAAUAUUAUAUUAUUUAUUUAAUCUAUUACAGCGUGUACGAGCAUUAUACACAUAUUUCUGUCAAUUGAUGAGGUGUACAGCGUAUAUAUAUAUAUAUACGUAUAAGCACUUUUAACUAUCUUAGUUAUCAACAUUUAAAUAGUGUGGUAAUGUAAUAAAAAAAUAACACACCAUUGUAUCUAUAUUACUUUCAACUUUUGAUUGUUCUACUGCCAAAGCAUUCUUAUUAUACGGCAACUGCGACGUACCCGUACAUUUGUAAGCAAUCUUGCUUCUUAAAAUUUUGUACUUCUAUCAACUAAAACAAAAUACAAUGUUCUUGGAAAUAAGUUCAACGCGCGAAUCAUUAAAUAAAUGUUUCUUCAGUUUUA